AUGCGUUCUUCACCACUCCUGAUAACCUUGUGUCUCGCCCUAGGGUUCUCCGAGGCCCGAAGACAGGGCUCGAAUCCGGGCAGUAGCCAUGAUGACGAUGACAACGGCAACGACAACAACGACGAUGACGGCAGCAGUGCCGCAGACAGCAUGUGGAACCCCGGUGACACGGGAGACUCGAACCGCGCCGCGCCAUGCGGGUGGUACGCCAGGCAGGAGGCGUACGGCCUGCCGGGGCUGUACUACAACGGCACGCUCAAGGUCCAGCACCGGGUUAUGGGCAACACGGCGUGCGGCGGCGACAGGGCGUCCGAGACGUACGAGUACCCGGCCCUCAUGCUCAUCGCCCCGACAGGCAACGAGACCGACACCAACCCCAUGCACUGGGUCCUGCGGGGCUUCCAGCCGCAGCAGAACUACAGUACAGCGGCCAAGGGCAUCCUGGACCUCCACCAGCGCUCGACGUACAUCCGGUCGAGCGACUUCGUCAUCGACAGGGACACGAGCGCCUGGCCCUCGCCCUUCACGCCCUUCUACAUCGACAAGUACGCCGACGCCGACGCCACCGCCCUGGGAAGCGCGACAGACGUGUACUGGAAGACGGCCAUCACCUCCCACGACGACGACGUCCUCAACGCCACAGCCCAGUACACGCGGAAGCCCCCCGUCCUGGACGCGGAUGAUUACGACGGCGCGCCAGCCGGCUGGUCCCCAGGUCUGUACUCGAGCCAGUUCGUCACCCUCAGCGACGUGUGCGCGUCCGACCAGGACGUCGCCAAGUCUCGCAGGGUCGACGACGGCGAUACCGUCACGCCCACGCUGUGGCUCUCCGAGGGCGCCACGGCUGAGAUGACCAACAUCGGUGCCACAAGUAUGACCUGGUCCCUCGACCAGACCCUCGAGGAGGUCGUCCCCUGGAUCAACCGGCGCAAGCCCGGCUGCAGCCCAGAAGAAGCCACGCCCUUUGAGCUGUCCGACUUCUACCCCCUGCAGUCGGAUGACGCCUCUGGCUCGGGCAUCAGGCCGUGGAACAUCUCCGUCAGCAUCGGCCUCUCAUUUGAGGGGUCCCUAGUUCGCGACAACAGCACCAGUCUCAAGGGUUACACAGGUGGGAAGGUGGAGUUUGCGGCCGACUACACCGCUGUUGACGAUGACGACGACGGUGGUUCUCGUGCAGCGGGGAUGACCAUGUGGCCUUGCAGCCUUGUGGCGGCGGUUGUUCUCGGAGUUGUCAUGAUGCAAUAA